AUGGUGAAUCUGGUGGGGUGUGACUAUGCGCUCGUCAGGGAUGUGUGCGAAGCUUUGGGGUGGAAGCUGACAGACAAUGAAGUGAAGUGGACGAUCAGGUGGAUAGACCGGUAUCUAUUUGAGAAGACCAUCAAGGAGUUCAGGAUGUACAGGCCCCAGCGCAUCAAUCACUUCCCGUCCAUGUUUGAGAUCGCCUUCAAGUGCAAGCUAGCCCACAACCUCAACCGCAUCAAGAAACGCAUUCCUGGGGAUUACAAUUUCUUCCCCGAGACCUACGUCCUUCCAGAUGACUUCAUGACUUUCUCAAGGUUGACGACAACGAAGAAGAACAGGACUUACAUCAUCAAGCCCAACUGUGGCAGUCAAGGAAAUGGGAUCUUCUUCGCCAGAAAAGCUUCUGACAUUCCCAAGGAGGGGAAGUACGUGGCACAGAAGUACAUGAAUCGCCCCCUGCUCAUCGAGGGUCUCAAGUUUGAUCUUCGAUUGUACGUACUGGUCACAUCCGUCUGCCCGCUCCGCUUGUACCUGAUGAGAGAAGGCCUUGCGCGGUUCUGCACAGAGAAAUAUGAAAGCAUAUCAAGAAAGAACUACAAAGAUCAGUAUCGGCAUCUCACCAACUUCUCAAUCAACCGAUACAGCGAGCGCUUUGAAAUGCCCUCCAUGCCCUCUGUUGAGGGGAUGCACAGCGGCAGUGGGGAGAAAGGAAGCAAACGAUCGCUCUCCAGCAUUCUGCGGUGGCUGGACGAGAACGGGUUCUCCAGUGAGAAGACUUGGGAUGAGAUAGUUCAGAUUGUCGCCAAAACAGUGAUAGCAGGGGUACCAGCCAACCAGAGAUCGUACAAAUGCACUUUCCCGGAGUCUCGGGACUCUUUCGGCUCCUCGUGCUUCACGAUCUUGGGAGUCGAUGUGCUGCUGGACUAUCAGGCGAGACCAUGGCUGAUUGAAGUCAACGAACUCCCGUCGUUUGAGGCCAGCUCGGACCUCGAUCAAUCGGUGAAGGAGACGGUUGUUCUUGAGGCGUUGAAAAUCAUCUGCCCGUCGAAGACCGAGAUCUCCUUGUUCAAGGAGUUGAAAAGGUUGCCCUCGACAGUCCUGAAAGGGAGCAGCGAUGAUACGUACAAGCGGCUCAAGGAACAAAUCAUCGCCGAGAGAACAGAGCACGAGGCUUCACAAUGUGUGCACUAUGAGUAA